AUGGACGAGGCACCGCCGCCUCCACCGCCGCCCCACGGCAAGAACCCAAAGACAUCAGCCGGUUCCAGCGCCCUUCCGACUGGGAAAUAUGAUGUCUUCAUCAUACCCGAACACUCUGCCGGCGCUGGAUUCCUAUACCUCCCAUCGCUCCAGCCGCAAUGGAACAGCUUUUGUGCUGGUGUAGUCUCCACCCUUGGCGCUCUGCUCCUGGGGAAAGCGCUGACUCCAGCCUUCCUGGCAUGGUGGUACAGCGGAAUUGGCACCGUUGGAACGUCUAUCCUGUUGGUGGCCGUUGCGGCUGUAUCUUGGUUGCUCGGCCGUUCUUCGGGCAACGUAAAACUGGGGACAGGCAGCGAUUGGCACAAGACAACGGGGGAAUUCGGCGCCUCCGGUGCGUUCAAGACGGCACCUGCUAGCGAGGGUUCCCAGCCUGCUCAAGAAGCCCCGCCCCAACCCCCGACACCUCCCACCGAUCCCGAGACCCCGGCCGAUGAGUGGUCGCGACCUUCGUGGAAGGAAGAAAAAGACGCCAAGGCUGAGCCACAAGUUGAGCCUGAGGCGGAGACCAAGGCCAAGCACCGGCCACAAUCCCCAACGCAUACCCGAUCGCAUAAGAGACCGGAGUCUCCAAAGCAGACUCGCUCCCAUAGGCGGCCACAAUCUCCGACACAAACUCGAUCCCACGUCAAGUCGCAGUCCAAGUCGCAGAGCAAAUCCCAGGCAAGGUCGUACCCGAAACCCCGGCCGCCGCCAGAGGCCGAGCUCCGUCCGGAAGAUGAUCCGGAUUAUGAACAAGAGCCAGUGCCGGAGCCUCAUGAGCCUGAAGAUCCUCCGUAUGAGCCUCCUACGCCGCCGAACGACCCUCUCAAUCCAACCAAGUCUGAAGUAGCCGCUAAAGGCGCCUGGGAAAAGGCCAGAGAGGAGACUCGUAGACGCGAGGAAGAGCGCAAGGCAAGAGAGGCCGAUCUGAAGAAGCGCGAGGAUACCGCUCGUCGUCUGCAGGAGCUUCGAGAACGGGAUGCUCGUGAGCGUGAGAAACGGGAGAAGGUGGCCCGUGAGAGAGAAGAAAGAGAGAGGGAGCGGAAGGAACAAGAGGCCCUGGAGAAAGAGCGCCUGGAGCGCGAGAUCAGGGAACAGGAGGAGCGUAAAAUGCGUCAGAAAGCCGAGUGGGAAGCCAAGGAACUCGCUGCUAUAGAAAAGGAGCGCUUGGCAAGAGAACAAGAAGGCAAGGAACGCGAGCGCCAAAUCAAGCUCGAACAGGAAGCCCGUCAACGCGAGCGGGAACGUCUCCUGCGCGAACAGCUAACCCGUGAGCGCGAGGCUAGGGAGCGUGAAGCCAGGGAGCGCGAGGAAAAAGAACGCGAGGCCAAAGAGCGUGAAGUGCGCGAAGCCCGUGAGCGGGAGGAACUGAGACAGAAGGAUGAGACCAUACGGCGUGAGGAGGAAAGGAAACGGAUUGAGCGGGACCAGAAAGAGGCGAGGGAACGUGAAAUCCGGGAGGCCAUCAGGCGAAGGGAACAGGAGGCUCGCGAAAUCCGCGAAGCACAAGAGCAAAGGGACCGGGAGGAGCGUCUUGAGCAGCUUCGGCGGGAAGAUGAGGAGACGGAAAAGGAGAAGGAGAGGCUUGCGCGCAAGGAGACCCCUUACGCCAUGCCAAAGGUUGGCGAGAGGACCAGCUUGUGGCCUAAUGGUCGGCCGCCUUCUAUCGUCACUCCUUCCGCCAACGCUUCGCAGACUUCUCAUGCUUCCACCGCUCGUACUUCCACCCCUCGCGCAUCGCCCGCGCCACCACACUCGCCGACCAAAUCGCCUAAUCCGGCAGCAGCAGCAGCGAGGACGGCGUCACCGAAACCGGCCUCCCCCAAGCCAACGUCGAGUGCAACGGGCACUGCUGACGAAUACUCUUACCGGCCCUACGACAAGCCUAAGAAUCAUGCCGCGGCCCGUAAGAAGUCGGUCUCGGAUUUCUCAGAGGACUCGUAUGCGCCGUCCGCCACCACCAACAACACCAGCCCUCCCCCGUCGCUGCGGCCUGCUUACCAUACUGAUGAUCCUGGCAAGAUUGUUAUCAAGGCCGUAUACAACUUUGUCAACCAGUUUUCGAAAACGCCAGCUUCACAGCUUAUCUCCGGUGUCGGCACCGUAACCGACGGUCUGAUCCUGCGUAUUUCCACCGCGGGUCUCUUCGUCGACGACGAUGUCCGUGGCGUAGCCCAACGCGAGUGGGACAUCAAGGCUUGGACCCUCAAGCAAGUCGAAGUGUGGUGUCCCGUUCUUGCCGCCAGCUCUUCCAGCGGCACAGGCGUUGCCUCCGGUGCCAUCCCUCCCUCGCAUCCCCUGUUCAAGAUUAUGCCAACCAGCAGCGCGAUGCGGCGUGCGGCCGAGAAGGCCGCCACCAGAGCCUUCAACGGCGAGGAGGCUGUUGCCUACCUCAACGAGCUAGGAACCUGCUGCAGCACCUCCUGCCGGCUGGGCCUGAACGCUAAUAACAGCUCAGGCUCCUCCGCUGCUGGUUCGGCUGCUGCUUCACAGCAGGAUGCAGAAGGGUGGAAGUUCAAGGGUCUGCAUCUCCUUCGAACAUCCAUACGCGAUCAGGAAGGGAAACGCUUCCUGUUUGUUGUCGGUGAGGAAGAGGCCUGGAAGAUCGCGAAGGGCCUUCAGUCGCUUCGGAGCGGAUCUCAGGCGCGCGCGGUCGCGGUUUCGGGGUUCAGUGGGAUUGAGGCAAAGGGCAUUCUCGAGACGCUGGGUUGGGGUUAG